AUGGCGCUGGUCCAGAAGCCCGUGUCGGAUCACUCCGAAGACGAGGACAGCGCGUCGAAUUGUUCGCUGGAGCUCGACAGUCGCACGGGUGGUGACCCGUCGCACGCGGACACGGCGACGUCGUCAGCGUCGUCGUCAUCGUCGUCGGAGGAAAACCUCAUUUCGCUGUUGCCAGACGACUGUCUGGCGGCCGUGUUUCGGCAGCUGAACGCGGCGGACCUGGCGGCGUGCUCGCUUGUCUGUCGCAGAUGGAUGAGCACGGACUCGGAGUCUCGGCCGAACCUGUCGUUGCGGGCGACGACGGAGCUGACGCAGCAGCUCCCGCGGCUGCUGGAGCGGUUCUGUGCGGUGCAGAAGCUCGUGCUGAAAUGCGACCGCAACGUGCAGAGCGUGGACGACGCGGCGCUCACGCUCGUGGCGGAGCAAUGCCUGCUGCUGCGGAAGCUCAAGCUGAAGAACUGCAAGCAGGUGACGGAUGAGGGCAUGGAGCGCUUCACCCGCGCGUGCCCGCAUCUGCGCAAGUUUUCGGUGGGCGGGUGCGGGUUCGGCACGCGCGGACUCAACGCGCUUCUGGCCGGCUGCCCCCUGCUGGAGGACCUCACGGUCAAGCGAAGCAUGAAGCCCCCCGCGGAUCGCGCACUCGAGCCGCUCACCCCCUCGAACCUGAAGCUCCGCCGUCUCUGCCUUAAGGACCAAUCAAAUUCGACCAUCUGGACUCCCCUGCUCGAGGCGUGCGGCAAUCUCGAGACGCUCAUUCUCGCGCGCAACGGCGGGUACUGGGACCGCGUUCUGGAAUCUUCUCUCGGGCAGAAACGGCUGCCCGAACUCUCGCAGGUCUACCUGGAAAAGCUUCAGCUGACGGACCGCGGUCUACAGGCCGUGGCGCGCUGCCCGAAGCUCGAGGCGCUCGUGGUCGUCCGCACGCCGGAUUGCACGGACGCGGGCAUGGCGGCGAUUGCGGCGGGAUGCACGGGGCUACGGCGGCUUCACAUCGAGGGGUGGGCUCCCGGCCAUAUAGGCGACACGGGUUUAGGCGCUAUUGCGCGCUGCUGCCGCGACUUGCAGGAGCUCGUGCUCGUAGCGCACUCGUGCACCGCGGCUAGUCUUAAACCGCUCGCGACUAACUGCCGCGGGCUGGAGCGAUUGACUCUGUGCUCGUCCUCCGCGAUGGGGGAUUUAGAAAUGGCGUGUUUGGCUUACGGCUGUCCGUCGCUCAGACGACUGUGCGUGAAGGGUUGUAGUCGGGUUACCGAUCUGGGGAUUAUCGCGCUCGCGAACGGGUGUCCUUCGCUACAGCGGCUCAAGGUUCGCCGGUGUUCGAAUGUUACACCGUCUUCGCUGGAUUUUCUGCAGAAGCAGCGGCCGGCGCUCUCGAUCACGCAGGAGCGCACGCGAUCCGCUUCGUCGUCGUCUCACGCGCACGCGCACGCGCAUAGGGAGCACGGGGCUGGCGGAGGGGCUGGGGGAGGCGCGCGCGGGGCAGCCGGCGGAAACGGCGGCGGAGGCGCGGGCGGAGUGGUGAUCGCGGAGCCGGUUGACGGGAUGAUGCUGGGCGGCGGACGGCGCAGGGGGGUUGGCGCGGGGGGGGAACAUGGCGCAGGGCGCAGAGGGGAGGGCGCGGCAGCGGCGGAGCAGCUGGGCGGCGGGCGCUUGGUGCGCGACUUCCCCGGGCUUCAUGCGCUGGGGCGUGCGGGCGCGAUUGGCGCGGGCGGGGGAGCAGGCGGAGUGGGGGGCGGCGCGGAAGAGGAGUUGACCGCAACCGCCGUGGGUAUGCGGUUUCUGGGGGCUAUGGGGGGCGGGGGAGGCGGAGGAGGCGGGGGGGCCGGGGGACUGGACGGCGGUCAUGCGCAGGGGGGUGGCGCAGGUGGCGCAGGGGGAGGAGGAUGGGGGGUGGGUAGCAGGAGCGGCGGCGCGCGCACGCGCCUCGCGAUGAUGGCAACAUCCCUGCGCCGGCUGAUCAGCGGAGGCGGCGGGGGAGGGGGAGGCGGAGGCGGAGGCGGAGGGGCAACAGGCGGGGAUAUGGGCGCGGGGGGGAGUAAUGGCAACGGAAGCAACCAGGCCAUUACCAACAGCAUGAGUGCAGGUGCUACCCUGGGUGGGUACUACUUCAACGAAGGUGAUAAUAACGAAGGAGGGGUGCUUGCAACGGGAGGAGGUCUGUUAGCUUCGAGUCUUUCCUUCCGCCAAAGCUUAGCAGGCGGGAGCAACAGGAGCGCUGCGUCACGACCGUAG